AGCGAGAGAGUAGAGAGAGAUAGGGCAAUGACAACGAAGUCAGUUUCUUCCCUCGCCAUAUUUUUCAUCCUCUGUCUGGUUAUCUUUGAAGUGCACGAGACAGAAGCGCAGGAUAGAAAAUGUCUUAAAGAAUACGGAGGCGACGUGGGUUUCAGCUUCUGCGCGCCUCGGAUAUAUCCGUUGUUCUGUUAUCGGAGAUGCCGUCAGAACAAGGGCGGCGCGAAAGGUGGAAAAUGCCGUUCAGAGGCCGGCACUGGUAUGAAAUGCUUAUGCGAUUUCUGCAGCAACACGCCUUAAAUCAAAUUCUAAGCGAUCGUUACAUACUUUUGGCCGUAGACGCAGACGCCUUGUGUUUGAAUCUUGUAUGUAUCAUGGUUUGUGUAAUAAUA